GAGUCGCAAAAAGCAACAUGGCAACGAGGUGAUAGGAGCCGACGCGCGGCCUCGCAAACUCCACAGAUCGGGCAGGAACAUUCUCCGCGUCGCAUCGUCGGGCGGGGAAACCGAAAUGCGAUCGGUCCGAACUUUACUGCAACCAUCGGCAACGCAAUGGCUUGCGUCUCGGAGCUCGGACUGUGGGCCGGAAUACUUCUCCUGCUUGGCUUUUCAACUUGGACGCAUGCUCUUGUAAAGACCAAUGGGAGCGAGGCAGCGCAGCAGGCGGCGCAUUCGACUGCGCAGCACAAGGGUGGCUCCCUGGUUGUGGGACUGAGCCGCGCCAGCGAGAGCUACGCCGAGAUCGCCUGGCGGCUUGAGCAGCAGCCAGGAAGCUCUAGUAAAGAUCACGGAGGAGACGAAGACGAAGACCCGGCGUCCCGACUGUCGGCGUGCGAGCUGGCCUACGGGCCCCUCGAGGACCCGUACCAGGUAGAGGUCAUGUCCAACUUCAUGCCCCGCGGCCCAACCUUCAUCGUGGGUGGCCUGCGGCACAACACCACGUACCACUUCCACAUGGUCUGCUACUGCUGCCUCGCCGACGCCGCGGCGUCGUCGUCGCCAGAUUCCGGCGGCAACACCACGGCGAGCACCGAGACCAAGAUCACAUCCAACGUGCUCAGAUUCACCACAGGGGUUUACGUCGGAGGCGACCAGCAGUCGACGCACCAGUGGUCCUGGCCCACUCAGCAGCAGCAGCAGCAGCAGCAGCAGCAGUCUGACUCUCGAAGCGGCGGCAGCAGCGAGUGGCGUCAGCGGGACCCGUACCAGGGCUCGUACCACUCGGUCUACAAGCAGACCAUCCUGCGCGACGAAGAGAGCAGCAGUCGCGCCGUGCCUUCCUUCAACGUGCUCCUGGGCGCGCUCACCGGCAUCGUCGGCUUCCUCAUCAUCAACGUCACCGUCGUGAUCGCCGUGCGCCGUUGCUCGCAUCGGCGCAUGCGCAGGAGGAGGAUCCUCGUGCUCGAGGAUCGGGACAAUGAGGACUUCCCGUAUCUUCGCCCACUUGAGUGAAGCGCGCGAUACGUGACUUCACCGGAAGCGCCUUUCUGGUCUUCGAACCGCGAUGGUCGUCUCUUCGCCUGGCAACCCUCGCCCGGCAACCACUGACAAAAGAAACAAGCAUCUAUAUCAGCGUCUGGACGCAUCGCAGAGGCAUAUCACAACUCGUUAGUUUGCCACGUUGGACUUUUCUUACGAUGAGCGCUAUGCACCAACCGUUCGUUCCCGGCCGUGUACGAUCAUGCGUCACCGUACGUUGACCUCCGUUUGACUCGUGUAGAGUGUCGUUGACGAACAGUUCAGAAACAUCGAGGCGCGGCACCAGUUGUACUACUGAACGCGUCGUGAAGUCCGCGGCAGUGGCAUAGCGGCUGUGACGUUCCGCUGGCUAAGGUCGCGAACUCGACUUCCGCUGUUGCAGCGUUUCCGUGUGGGAGGAAUUGCGAGAAGGGAAAAGGUUUCUUGAAAUGAUGCGUUGAGGAAUUGACGAUUAGUGAUCAAAGUUAAUCCGUAGCUGUGAACAGUUUUAGUUAGUCGCAGUGUUGUGCCCGCUCUGUUGAGUUUGUGUACCUGUCUGAUACUUCCCGAAUGACGUAACGCCGCGAGCGUAGACGUACCCAGCAGCAGCGCCGGUAGCGGCCAGCUUGUGACGUCGAAUUCAGCCACAGUACAUGUUUCAGUUACUGCUAAUUGUACUUAAGGACUCCGUUGUAGGUUACUUCAGAGUCUUGUUUAAAAGCGUCGUUAACGACGAUAUUUAACGUUGUGACUUGCUUUUUCUUCCUCUGUUUAGAACAAUCGUACGAUACGAAAACGUUUCUCUGGAAUAUAAUAAAGCGUCACAAGAUGUCGCCACCAGCGCUGAUCCUGCCAAGCGUUUCUACUUUUUUCUGGCACGUUGUUUAUAUCGGUGGUUUGCGGAGAGGCCAGAACUCUGUUAAAGUGGUAGACUGGAAAGUUUUUCGAUUCCUGUUCGUUUUCGUCGCUCCGCCCAUCUGUGCUUUGGCGUCUGCUCGAAAAGUUCGUAAGGGCGGCGCAUACGCUGAGUACAAAAACUGGAUUUUGAGCAAUAUUUAUAUCACCCCGCUAGCGUUUGCCCGGCUUACUGAGUUCAAAUAUUUGCCGCUCUUAUCGGUUUUGAUCCGCGAUUGUUAGUUUUAGCAGUGAGCCGUGAACGUAUGGGGCACUAAUAUUGUAAUGCAGUUGGACACAAGUUGGAAGAUUUCGGUGUAUAUGUUACGGCUGUUGACUUGAUGGAGUAAGGGUACUGAGUAAUGGACGCUGUUUCGCCCAUUUCUUAGUGUUCGAGAUUGUUGGCCAUCCGCCAGUUUGAUGCGAGAAGCAGUGUGGUGUAUCGACACCUUUAUGCGGACGUUGGAGGGCAGCGGGUGAUCACGGUUACGUCGCGGCUAUGGAAAGGUGGUGUCGAUCAUCGCACAGUUGUUUCGGUGCUUGUUUUGAGGUAAAGGCGAAGGUUUUCACCGAAGACGCACAGUUUUCUCACUCGGAUGCUGUUGUGUGCAGUUGGACAGCUGCAGUUUUUGAGGGGGUGCGCGUGUGGGAAUGACAGUCUUGAGAGCUGUUUCGAAAUGUUAUUUUUCUGGGAGUACAGGUACCGGAAGGGCAAUGUAUUAUUGCACGGAAUGGUUACAAGGGAGGUGUUUUAAUGCCGGAAAGAAAUCUUUAACGGGACACUAAAGAGGAAAACGAUUUUUUUUUUUCAUAUUAGUAAACUAAUCUGUCACAAUUCCAAAAUCACCGCGCUUGCCGCGAGAAGACGCUUGGCAAGCGAGAAAACGCGCAAAAAGCAAUUGCAAUGUGGCUACGCCACCUUGCAAUUUCCUCUGAGCGGGCCGUAAAUUUAACGCACCAAGUUUUAGGAAAUUUCGUUCACCCCCUUGCAUUUUCUCCUUUAUUAAUAAACCUAUGAUGGUGAAAUUAACGACAUUAGAGUUCUCAGAGCACAGUUCAUCCAUCUCAACCGAUUCACUGCUUCACUUCAGUGUCCCUUUAAAGGUGAAUACCUUCGAGUAAGUUUUUUGGUGUGGGACAGUGGUCAGAGGUUCCACAGAAAGCGCGAUCUUAGUUACGUUCACACGAAGCUGAUAAAGCCCUAGCCGGCUUGUCGGCGUUCAUGCAAACGCUGGCGGAUCGGACCGCGUGAGCGUCGUGUCGGGUCGGGUCAACUCGACGCGCUGUCGCCGGGUUCACAAAAGCGAAGCCUCUGAAGGCCACACGCUUUAUCGGUGGUGAUGAAAUGAGCCGCCUAAGUCAGUUGUCACGCGGUUGUAUAUUCCGCGUGCUUUGUCUUGUCGAAUGUAGUGUUAAGAAAGAUAUGAGAGGAAUAGCUUGUUAUUGAUAUGACACAGUUUAUGGAACUAUGCCGCAUGGUUGUGCUGUGUUUUUUGAUCGCCGCUUGUUUGGCCGGCGCCCGUAGUCACAAAUAUUUGCCCGACAAGUCUGGUUUCGGGGCCUUUUAUGUCUGUCUUAGUAGCCGCGAUUUAUGCAAUUGUUCGUAAUAUCAGCGUGUUCGUGUCAAGCGUCCAUGACGCUGCUUGAUUUUAAGCUAUACCACAUAAAACUGAAAAAAAAAGAAAGAAAAACCCUUAGAUCCUAGAAGGCAGCUUUUUUUUUGUUUUUACAGUUAGUGCAUUGUCACUUUACGAAUCCUGCAUAUAGUGUCACAAAUCACAUUCGUUCUGUCUGUGCCAUAAUUUAAAAAAAUGCUGUAACGCGCAUGCCAUGUCGUCUGGUGUCGGGAUUUGAUUUCGUGGCUGUUGCCAGUGCCAUACGAUCCCCGAAAGUUAGAAUGCCUAGUACACUAUCAACAUACAAUGGCCCCGCUUUCAGCUUUUCUGGGUUUGACUCCCAGCAUUAUCAAAUUCGUGUGUACAUCCUGGCGUUAUUUAUUUUGGCUCCUCGUUGAGAAGGGUGUUAGGUGCCAAUUGGUUUGAACGUCACCGGUUUGUCUGCUCCUUUACUAGGACAGGUAAAGGAAUGCUUGCCAACAUGCUCUUGCAACCUUUAGGAUCGUGUGGUUAAACUAAGUUAAUGUGACCGCGGCUUCUUGGAGCAGAUGGAACGUUCGUUUGGCAAACGUGCUUGUUUUAUGCAAAUAAUUAUAGCUAAUGUGCAGAUACAUCGAAGCGUAAAAGCGCUGCUUUUUCCUCAGUCACAGAAAAAAAGCGUCGCCCCGCGAGAACUGUAGCCGCUCAUGCCGUUUUUUAAAUCGUAUCUUAACAUUGGUGUCGGGCGUGGUGUCAUCGCACGAGUUAAGAGACAGCUACAAUUUGUUUAAGAAAUGACAUGAAACUAACUUACUCGCCGUGGUGGCUCUGUGGCUAUGGCCUUGCGCUUGUGACGUUAACGUGGUCGCCGGUUCGGUUUCCGCUGCGGCGGACGCCUGUUCCGAGGGCGAAAUGCUAAAACUUGUCUUGUACUAUUGAUUAGGUGCACGAGUAAGAAUCUCAGAUGGUCAAAAAUAACCUGGAGCUACUCGACACGGCGUUCUGUUAUUAAACGAACAGAAUGUGUGCAUUGUGGAAGGCACAAAAUAAAUUAGAUGCAAAUGACAAUUGGAGCUGUAUCUUGAUGACGUCAUGUCACGUGAGCCGCGGUCAAGAAAUUGUCUAAAAAUGUGUAGUCACUCCGCGUUGCUUUUGUGGGCUACCUAACGAAGUGAUCAACAGGAUCGAAUGCGUGCAACGCCACGUUUUUUUCUUCUCUCGUUUUUAAAGAUACGCCGUUCCGUCACGACAAAGGCCAACUCUUAAACCACGUUACGAGCCGCACAAUCGUAACGCAGAAUUUCAGACACGCCUUCGACAACCGGUUAUUCAAGUACGCGAUUACGAUAUCACUCGGCUACAAGUUUUCAUAUCGGGACAACUUCAAGACUUGGUAAAAUUGUUGAUCAUUAACAUAGUUUUACUUAGAUAAUCCCAGCCGCGUAGUGGCAUGCAAGCAGUCAAGUGGCAUGCAAGCAGUCAAAGAGAAAAACGAUUUUUCUCGUAUUAGUAAAUUACUCUUCCACGAUACCAAAAUCACCACGCUUGCUGCGAGAAGACGCUUGGUAAGCGAGAAAACGCGCAAAAAGAAAAUGCGGGUGGCGACGCCAUCUUAAAAUUCUCGCACUAAUCGUCGUGACGUCAUAGAUUUUGACGGCGUCUACUAGGGCCUACGUAGCUCCUAAACGGUAAAAAUGAAGUACAUUGUUCUCUGAGGGGGCUGCAGAGACUCACAUACCGAGUUUCAGGAAAUUUCGCUUAGCCAGUGCCCUCAAAAUGCAGAAAAUGCACUUUGAAAUCCGUGACGUAACGCGCGAAGAUUUCGGCGCUAAAUUUAAAAAUGAAAGUUUGACCUUGAUUUUUUCCUCUAUUAAUGAACCUAUGAUGUUGAAAUUAACAUUAUUAGAGUUCUCAGAGUAAAAUUGAUCAGCCUAAACCGAUCCAUUGUUUCACUUUAGUGUCCACUUAAUAAUUUCUCAAUAUUUUCUCUUUCCACAUCACAACCGAGCUUAUACUCUCCUGUUUCAAGAGGUGUUCAUUUAUUCUUUCAUCGUUUUUUAUAUGUAUCUCGGAACUCGUAUAUCGUAAAUGUAUUUUGUCUGCUGGAUAGCUACUUAAUAUUUUGCCGCCUUCGUUUUUGGCGCACCUUUUUUUACGUUCCUGCCUGUGUGCCCUUUAAUUAUUACACGUGUGCACGUGUGUGUGAACUUGCGUUAUGUGUGUUGAUUUUAUGUAGUCUGGUAUCGGUGUGGCAGUUCUCGCUUUGACGACCUCUGAUAAAUGUUGAAUAUUGUGCCGUUAAAUUCUCAUUGUGUUGUGUCCCCCACGAGCCGAAGGACUUUUAGCCCACGAAGUUUUCUGUUUUUCUUUUGACGUAUCAUUAGUUUUUCUCGUACAGUCGUUGUUCAGGGACCAAGUCCAUCACGGAAGAAUAUAUCAUCUAGCGUAGAGUGGUUGUUGGUUCACAAAACUGCGCGCAGCACUCGCGAAGUGGGUUGUAAGUGCGAUACGGCAAGCGUUGUAAUUUGUAUGCUGUUUUAAUGAAUGUUUAAUCAGAGGCAGGUCAUGUCUAGCUAACCUUAUUCAAAAGUGAUGUAGGAGUUACGUGGUAAGAUGUAGCAGGAGUUUCCUGCUUCGGAAAAAAAAAUGCCAAGGGGACAUACUAUUAUUACAUGAAUAGUGUAACCAUGCAAAGAAAAGACUAGCAGAAAUACCAACACGUGAACUGGCUUUUAGACGAGGUGUAGACGUGGUUCGAACACACAACCUUUUCGUGCUUGGGAUCACUUUUUAUCCCGGGCGUUGUGUAGGCGGCACCAGGAAGAAUUUGUUAAGCCUACUUCUGCCGCUCGUAGUACGGCUUAAUCUCCGCAAGGUUGUGCUCUAGGUGGACGAAAUGGAGGUUUCAGUUUCGUUUGAACGCAUGCUGCGCGGAAAUAAUGAAAUCCCUUAAGUGUUCGUGAAUGACAAGGCUUCGCGGCUUGGAAAGAAAUAGUCCUGGCCGGGGAUUCGAACCUAGGACCAGCGCGUGGGCAUGGCAGCCGCCCUUCUAGUUAAGCUAACUGGACUAGCGGCUGACAGCGCGUCGACGAACACUUCACGAAACGCUACCCUCUCGUUUAGUUCAACGCAUUGCGCGUGAAUGUCCUGGUCAUCUGCGACCUGGUCAAUUCGACCCGGCCAAUGCGACCCCGUCUGGUCACCGAAUCGCAUUGCUGAGCUAUGAAGCUUUAUGAAGAAGCUACGAAUGUAGGCUUCAUCGUGACUCUAUGCCAUUUUCGUAUAGAUCCCUUUCGUGAGUGUAUACCUUGACCUCGCAAGUUUUCACAUGACCCUACCUACCCGCAUCUCCAAUACUUCUUUGGUAAUGAGACUUACGAGCAUGCCUCCGCUACGUUACGUCAUCAGUUGCUCGGCACAUCGUUGAUUGGGAGCUUCGAGUUUGCUUGAACAAUCAAAAGAAAAAAAAAGUAGCAUCACUGCAGCCUUCGCAGUAUUCAUCUCACCAAUGACUUGCACUCUGGAGCGUGUCCGAAGCACGCGCAGUACUGGCAGUACCACCGCAAAGUAAAAAUAAAUCAUUCUCGUUACCAGCGGCGCGCCGCUGUAUCGACGCAGAAUUGGUGCAUCGCACCGCUGGCUACGCCGGCUAACGGUCACAUCGACUCGGAAGGAACUCCCUCGUCAUUAGCACGCCAACUUGACUCGUUAUUUUGCCUCGAUGUUGUGCACUGCGUUGCUUUUCCAUUUAUACUCUCCUGUGGCGCGCUAACCAGGGGAAGGCUGUACACGGAUAAAACUCCUCCACGUGAAAGUGUCCUCAAGCCGUACCGUAUUUACACGAUUGUAAGUCGACUCCCAUGUAGGUGGACCCCCCAAAAAUCGCACAGCUAAAAAAUAAAUAAAGAAAGAAAGCUGACUACUACUAUUGAGUCAGCGCCCGUGCUGUCACGCACUUCUCUGUCCUGUCCUCGUAAAAGGUAGCGCUGGAAUAGUUUAAGAAUGUAUCACCAACUAGCCCCGAAACGUGUUUUAUAAAAUCAAGACCAAGAACGCGAAUUCCGGUGUGCAAAAGUGGCUUCACGGCAAUGCUUCACAGCUAUGCAGAGAGGCUAGCUUCUCGGCAAUACGCGGGAAUCAUUAUUUAGAAAAAAAUUCGUGAAUUGUUGCUUAGGGUGUUGGUUAUACGCGAAAAAACAUGGUAUAUGUUACAGGUAGAGCCGGCGUGUAAACAUAAUGUCGUAACCAUGCCACAACAUCCAUGAUGUCUGGUUUGUCCCGCCGUAAAUGGCGGUACUAGUUUUGGUUUGCAUUGUAACUAGACCCCCCAACUUCUGAUUUCAAGUUUAGAUGAAAUGUGUCGACCUACAAUCGUGUAAAUACUGUGUAUUAUAAGACGUGCAUGCCGAGAAGUGUCAAUUUUUGAUGCAUGCCACGCAUAGUGGGGACUGCUAAUAGAGUCCAGCUCCCACUUUAUACAGAGAUCUUCAUAAGAUUGGCAAUUAGUGUGAAGUGCUAUAUCACUGCAUUAGAGCUGCAAGGAAACGUUUACGUUUGUACUAAAUAUAAAUAUUACGUUAAGGUUGUACAUAACGUCGUUUUAACUGUAAACACAUAUUUAACUACAAAUAUGCCAGUCUUAAUAAACGUGGUGUCUUCGCACGUAGUAGGGGGCGUAAAUUAAGAUACGAGUGUCAAAUGUUGUACGACAUGGUCAUUCAGAAUUCGUAUGUGGGAAGCUUUACAUUAUUAAUUAAGCAAUGAUCACAUUGUAUUGUGAAGUGCCCAGAAAAAAAAACUGCCUAUCAGCCGUGGAGGAAAAAAAAAAAAAAACGAGGAGGGAGCGUCACGUGACAAUCUUGAAGCUUAGUCCUAAAAAUAUGAAACAGGAGCAUCCUGGGAAUUCUGACGAGCGCGGAACUCUCGAGGGAACGGCGUCGGAGGAGGUUGGCUUGUGGAUGCUUGGCGCGCUCCCUCCUAUUCUUUCUCCUCCAUGCAGGCAGCUCUUUAAAGAAUGAACAAAAAAUAUAAACAGUUUUAUUUUUGUUCCCUCCGCUAAUAAGUCACCCUGUACUGAGUGAAUGCCGAUACAGCUCAUUCUGCCAGUAUAGCGUAAACGAGUGUGGCCUCCGAGAUCGCACCGGUGCAAUCUCGGAAUCUGUUAAUUUAAUAUACUUAUCUAGUGACCCGUUAAUAGACGUUUCUCUAAAGCACCGUACUAGCCAUACUUGUGAGAAAAGGGGGCGGUGAGGUUACACUGAUCAACAUAUUUCAACUGAAUUAAACCACUAACUUUCCUUUUUAAUUUUUUUUGAUAAUUUAUGGCACGCUGUAUUUUCCAUUCUAGCACAAUGUUUCACAUCCGCGAACGCAUGCACAUGAAGGGAGUGGCGCAUAUUUUUUAUGUAUCUUUUCACCUGCAUUGUUACUGCUGCCUCAGAUGCGGUGGGGGGUACACCGAGCUUACGUUUAAACGCUUAUUGUACGCGUGAUCAAAGUAACGCUGAGGUGUAGGCGCUACAGGCUUUCACUCUCUUGCCGUUAUUUGUUGGCCUUCUCCGUACUUUCAGGCCGUUACUUGUAGAAGUGGACGGAAGCGACGCAUUGCGCGAAGAGGGAAGCCCAAGCGAACCUUGCUGUUCCCCGCUUCUUUUAGAGACUCCCAUUGCAUAUGAUUAUCGCUAUGACGAAGCAUUUUUCACUGCACAACCAUCUGGUAAUCGCUCCGUGGUCGCAUCAGUGUCUCGCUCUAAUUGCAUUAUGAAAUAUUUAGCCUUAGAUCGUUUGAUGGAGCUGUUCGUGUUUUUUGCCUGUUGCGUGUACAAAGCGUGUAUUUUUCCGAAGCGAUUGCUUCGGGCCCAUCACUCUUCGAGCUAUACAUGAGAUGUGUGAGGCGUAAGUCACGGCAGCUUUGCUUUAGGCCGUGGCGUACGUUCUCCUCUUAUUUAGCGUGUGUGCUCUUUUCCGCCUCACGAAAAUCGUGCAGAAUUCUGGAAGCGACGAGGUGUUUUAAAAGCUUAUAAUUGAUCCCUCUUUCAUAAGAUUCGGUAUAAAACGAAAGUGAAGCGUGUCUCCACAAAAGGAGUUGCACGUGGAUCGUACGUCGGGAAAUAAUAACCCAAAUUUGCACCGUGUUUUCAUUGACGUAACUUCCGUGACGGAAAUGACGUCAGUGAAGUCUUGAUGGACCCCGACAUAAAACACUUUCGUGUUAUAUAGACCACGUCCGCACUGAACGCGCAGUGAAGACGCAACGUAAGGUGCAGGAACAGCUUCCUAAGAGCCGGUCGUAAACCGAUUGAGGAAGCUUACUGCGUGUGCUUAGCACAUAAAGCAGCAGUUUAAUGUGCACGCAUUUAUCGGAAUACAGUCGGGUGUGCCUUUUGAUCUGAAAAGCAUGUUACGAAGGACACUAGGGGUAAUUUGUUUAUGUAAACACAAAGUCCCCAAAAGACAAUGGCAAAGAGCCGAAAGAAUUCGUCAAUCCUCGCGCACUUCAGUAUCGCGAAGAAGCGACUGCUUGCGCGGUCGCUUCUGCAUAUUGGCGGGCUUGUGCUCUCGCUCCCACGAGUCUGCACGCGUUGAGUGAGUCCCACUGUAUAGUCUUUUUACUCCUACUAUUUUGUUUUAGUUUUACUAUUAAGAAAUUGGCACUGUGUUGCGAGCCACUUCUCCGGUGAAUGCAUGCCCUCGUGUAGUACUUGUUUGUACGAAGUGGUCCAACAUUCUAAAUACAAGGAAGAAUGCAUCACCGGUGUUUGUGUAAUAAUAACUCAUGCAUGUGCGUGUCGUCUUUACGUUGCGUAUAGAGUGUUCCUUGUUUGCGUGUGCAUUCGGCUGCCAUAGUGACUGCAUGGCCGAAUAUCGCGUGAACUGUUUGCACCGAGCAACGUUUGUAGUGCGAUGUAUACUCAGCCGAAUGUCCGCGAAUGUAUUUGUUUGGUGCGGUAACCUGUUUGUUUGUGAUGUUUUACUUAAGGUGUUUGUUCUGGUCCUCUGACAAUACAACUCACUGUCAGUUGAAGCCUGACUGAGCUUGCAUGGUCGAUAGGGCAGGGGAAUCAACACUGGAUAUAUGUGAAAUUGUAUGAUGUACCGUCUAUGUCACGCUGUAUGUUUAUGUGAAUCGUGCAGUCGAUUGCAAAGUUUUAGUGGUCUUAGCUUAAAUUACGCCGUCGAUAAGAUUUUGGUGACAAAAUCGUACACAUGCUGAUGUGCGCCGGCAUCUUUGUGAAAUCGAGGUUAAUGUAAGAGUAAUAAUAUCAAACAGGAAAACGAGCGAUUGGGUUUUCUUGGCGUGUUCAUAGGCCUACUUCAAAGAUGGGUGUCGAAAAAAAAAACACAGAAAAAGCCGCUGUGAAGUCGUUCAAAAAGUGAAAACGCAACAUCAGAAGUCUAGCAUCUGGCUUCUAAGCUCGCAUAUGAGUGCUCAGGGACCACGAAUCUGCUUGCGCUCGCCCAACGCAAUUUGUUCUUUGUUUUCUUUUGCCAUGUGUGUGUGUAUGUUUCAGUAUCGUUCCUUAUUCUUGCAAUACCCCGUUUCCAAUAACUCUCUGCUAUCUGUAAUGUCUCAGCAUAACGCGUGUGAUAUCCGUAUUUAUGCAACAUGCAACUGCCUCUCGUGACGAACACUUUUGCAGGUAUUUCAUUAAUGUUAAAAAAGCACAUGGACACUGAUGCAUCACGAGAAGGUAUUUGUCAGGUGCGAUAUUGGAGUUGGAACAUUCAACGCGUGCGUAUGUUAGUAUAGCCCCACUCCAGUUUUACGCUGUACGUGGUACGGUUUGAGCGCAAAACCGUGACUGCGGGAAUUAGGCUAGCGUUUACUUAUGCGUGACACAUAUCCUCUGUGUAUGUAGUAUGUACAUGUGACCGUACUCAUGCUGUGUUUUUUUUUUUUGUGACAUGUUCUCAAUAGCGACUGUAGUGCUGUAGAGGGCGUUCUAAUCGCGUCCUCGUUCACAUUUUAUCGCAAUUAUCAGAAUGUCUGCGGAUUGAAUCUAGUAAGCUGACUUGUUUUGGAUGUGUGUUUAAGAAACGCGAAAUUGUAGCACGCAAAAAAAAAAGAAGAAAAAUCUGCUGCAAUUGAAGAUUCUGUGUAAGGGUCCGCAGAUGUACUUAAACGUGACACUCGGGUAUGAGCAAGAAUUCAAAAUUUUCCCGAUCAAACGGGAGGCUUCCACGAAGGGGACGAGGAGAAAAAUUUUAUUCAACAGAGGAGUUUGGGCCCCCGCACGACCCCGUUGCGAAGCGGAUAACUUAUCUUUCGGACGAGAUUACCGAAACGCGAUAGUGCGAUUUUCUUAUCUGCAUCCUAUGGCAGCUGUUAACGUUUGUCGAAGUCAUUUCGGACAACUGGAGCUGUAUUGUUGUCAGUAUGCCUUAUUAUCGAGUGAUUAUUUGUUGGCCAAACUGUGUUUCGAGUAGCGUUGAAUAAAGAAUAACACCGUGA